ACAGGGCCCGGGGAUCACCUUGCCAACUCUGCAGAGCCAGGCGGUGGUGUGUGGGGGAAACGACCAGCAGGCACUGCGCGUGCGUGGGCCUCAGGGGCCAUCGCCAUCUCGGCCGCCAUCUUGGGGCCUGUGGGCACCAUGGGGUCGUGGGCACUGAGAGCCGCGCUGCUGUGUCUGGGCGGUCCUCUUGUGUGCUCCCUCCCAGCGCAGAGACAGGCCACCACACAAGGGCUGGAGGCCAGGACCCCGGAAGAGGAACAGCCUGUCACGAAGGAUUGUGGAAUAGCACCACUUAAGGGUGUAAUGGAAGGGUCUCGGAUUAUAGGAGGCACACCAGCAUCCACUGGUGCCUGGCCAUGGCUCGUUAGCCUGCAGAUUCAAGAUGGUGAUUUUCUUGUGCAUAUCUGUGGUGGUGCCUUAGUGAGAGACAGGUGGGUCCUCACGGCCGCCCACUGCACUAAAGAGGCAAGUGACCCUUUCAAGUGGAGAGCAGUGAUCGGAGCCAAUGACCUCUCCCGGAGGCACACCCACAUCAGGAAUAUACGGGUAGUAGGCAUCGUCAUUCAGCCAGACUUCAUUCUGGAAACUUUCGUAAAUGAUAUCGCACUGUUCCGUUUAAAGAAAGCCGUGAGGUAUAAUGACUAUAUUCAGCCUAUUUGUCUACCUUUUGGUGUUUUCCAAAAACUGGACCAAAACACAACGUGUUUUGUAAGUGGCUGGGGAAGAACCAAAGAAGAAGGCAAUGGUACAAACAUCCUACAAGAAGCGAAAGUGCACUUCAUUUCUCGAGAGAUCUGUAACUCUGAACGGAGCUAUGGAGGAGUGGUUCCUAACACUUCAUUCUGUGCAGGUCAUGAAAAUGGGACCUAUGACACGUGCAGGGGUGACAGCGGUGGACCACUCAUGUGCUAUUUACCAGAACACAAACGAUACUUUGUGAUGGGAAUCACCAGUUACGGACAUGGCUGUGGGCGGAGACAUUUCCCCGGCGUCUACAGUAGUCCGUCCUUCUUCCAGCAGUGGCUCACCGAUUAUCUGUCACAGGGAAGUACUAUUCGAGUGUUUAAUGUGGACAUGGUGCGGCGUCAGGUCCUUACGGUCCUAGGCGCCAUCAUCCUUCUAGGAGUUACAUAAAGAGACACUGAAGGCUGCGCCUGUCAUUCUGUCCCUUGCUGUGUUCAGCACAAAAAGAUGGUUCUUUUCAUCUCUCUUUAGGGGUCUCAUGUCAACAUUGUUUUUUUGAACAAAAAGGAUUGUGACAGAUACAGUUGUGAAUUUCAGCACCAAAUCACAUACAGACUUCCUAGAACCUGAUUGUUUUGUUGUUAAAUCACAAUUCUGUAUUUGGAAUACUCUCCUAGAGUUUGUAUGAAUUAUUCAGUUCACUGUGUGCUUUAUGUGUAUAAAUGCCAAUAAACAGUUCACAAUUUAA